AUGGUUCAACUAGCUCCUCGCUUCGCCACCCUCCUCGCCUUUUGUUUCCUCGUGUCCGCUACUCCCGUCCUUCCUGCUGCUAGUCCCUACGUGUCUCUUAGCGCAGGCUUGGUCGACCCUACUCCGGGCCCGAAUGGUACUCAUGCCAAUCACACUGCUAGGGCUGUUGCUGUCCUUGUCGCCAAUAAUACCGCAAUCCUCGUCGGGCCUACUCCAAGCCCUCAUGGGAAUGGGACUCACGCCAACCGCACUUCUAGGGCUGUAGCUGUCACCAACAAACACCCCGUAUACGCCAUCGAACAACACCCAGGUUCGCAGUCUCACGAACAGGCUCAGGGACACGAUCCAAUUACCGGCGUGCAGAACACCCCCAGCGUGCAACACAACGUUGUCGUGGAUAAGAAUGCACAAGUCCAGUCCAGUCAAAGUCAGGACAAGCCAACACAGUCCAGUAGUGCUGCUGCCAAAGCAAGUCCCUCUCAAGGCAAGGGCAAGAGGUACGACGAUGGUCAGUACCACCCGAACCCUUCCUACGACAAUGGCCAGUACCACCCCAACCCCACGUAUAACAAUGGUCAGUACACCACCGCGACGGAUACGUCUUCUCCCACUCCCACUCCCACUCAGACAUAUGAUGACGGAUUGUACCAUCCCAAUACAUCCUACGACGAUGGCCAGUAUCAUCCCAAUACAGCCUACGAUAACGGCCAAUACCAUAAUGCCGCUGCUGCGAAUCCCGUCCCCGUUGCGGUUCCCGACGCGGUCACGUCUGUCUUGGGUGUUGUACUCAAUGUAGUACCCGGUACCGGAACGGCGACCCCGACGUCCCAAACGGGCUCCACUACCCCUGCGACGACGAAUUCUCCAACGACAAUAGCCUCCUCCACGUCUGCACAAGAGACUGCCACUGCCACCGCCACGUCUGGAACCACUACCACGACGGCAACUGAUCCCACUGAGACUGCAAUGCGCACAGUAGCCGGUGCUGGCAAACGCUCGGACGAUGGCCAUUACCACCCUGAUUCGAGGUUUGACGACGGUAGCUACCAUCCCAAUCCCAAGUUCAACGACGGCAAGUAUCACGUCGGUACCACCGGAGGGAAACGCUCGGAUGAUGGCCAUUACCACCCUGAUUCGAGGUUUGACGACGGCAGCUACCAUCCCAAUCCCAAGUUUAACGACGGCAAGUAUCACGUCGGUACCACUGGAGCCAAACGUUCGGAUGAUGGCAAGUAUCGCCCCGAUUCGAAGUUGAACAACGGUCAGUACCAUCCCGAUCCCAAGUUUGACGACGGCAAGUACCAUCCGGGGAAGUAUCAUGGGACGAGGGGGUUAGCGCAUCAGGAUAAGGUGCGCGCUGUUAGGAGAAGAGCUGCCCAAUACUAG